AUGAUCCCCACUCCAGCAUCAUACACCUCUGCCCCCGUCUUCGAGGACACCGUUCUCCAAGUGAGUAAUGGGUAUCGUGACGCCCAUGAAGCAACUGGAUUAGUGUGGAAUGAGACACUGACAAAGUACGCUCGCGACUGGGCCGAGACUUGUAUCUGGAAACAUUCGGAUGGACCCUAUGGUGAGAAUAUUGCCUUUGGGUACCCAAACGCUUCUGCUGCAGUAGAAGCAUGGGGCAAUGAAGGGGAGUUAUACAACUUCAACAAGCCAACUGGAUUUACCGAGGCAACCGGCCACUUCACACAGCUAGUCUGGAAGUCAACAUUGGAGGUCGGGUGUGCGGCAGUGAAUUGCGGAUAUACAGAGGAUUUUCUGAAGGCCAAACGAGAUGUUCUGGGGCCGAGGACUGCAGAUGGGAGCUCUCGGGCACAAGGCUGGUAUGUAGUGUGUGAAUAUACGCCAGUUGGGAACGUGGUCGGUGAUCAUGACGAAUACUUCAAAAAGAAUGUUUUGCCUAGCAAUCCAUCCCAUACGAGCUCAACCGAAACUGCGUCUGCUACAACGUCUACGACAGCAAAGACAUCUGCGACAUCUGCAUCUGCCGCGACGACUGUGACUCGCCCAAGUGUCGGGGUUGCCAAUUUGCAAGGACGCGUUGAGUCAGAAAUACAGAUCAUGUUACUAGCCCUUGGAGUUGUAUGGAUAACUAUGGGUCCUUACACAUAA